AUGCAAGCUGCUACUCUGGCUACCCUCCGUAUCACACUUGUGAUGGCUGCCCUUUUCUUUUCCUUACUAUCGACCGUGUCGGUAUUGAUUUCCACUCGAGGACCAUCUUGUUCAUUUCCGGAUCCGUACCUACCCGAGAACGCACUGACGGCUCCAAAGGCGGUUGCUGCGGCAGCCGCGAGUGAUACCGAGCGCUCCAUCGAGCAUGUGCCACCGUAUCCGUCACCGGGAACCAAAAGGCUCGGCGGGUCUGCUCCCGACGGCAGUGACCCUUCCAAUAUUUCAGUAUCGCAAGUUUCGGAGCCUGUCGUCCAGUCCGAGAAGGAUGAUCCUCGGCCACAUCUCGUUUGGCUCAUGUCGUUUCCCAACAGCGGUACAACGUUUACCAUCAAUAUGGUCCGUGAAGAAUCGAACACCUCCACUGCAACUAACUACGGCUUUGAAAGCAAAAUUGACGGAGUCCCUAUUCCAAGUGUGCAGGCCAUCCCCGGUCCAAUUGGUAUGAACGGUCCCUUUCUUAAAAUUCUUGAGAACCGUACCACCACUCUACCCAGUACCAUUCUAACUAAAAAUCACUGCGUUGGUUAUUGCAAUGGAGAGACAUGCACGGCAGAUGAAACAGUGCACACAAUCCGAUCUUUCAUGGCAGGGUGCUUUGUCUCUCAUCGAAUUGUUCACAACAGUGACGGAAGCCUUGGUACAGAGAUUGUCUCCUACGCACACACAUUGGUCAAGAAAGCCAUCCAUCUUUUAAGGCAUCCGUUGGACAACAUUGUGUCUCGUUUUCAUCACAAACAUGCCGCUCAACUUAACCUAGGCAACACAGAAUACGACAAGAUGUAUCCAAAAAACGUGACUGGAUUCCAUAAAUGGUGCGCAGCAGAAGACGCACACGACCACAUUAUUAAUUCACGAUUUUUGAUUGUUGAUCACCGGCUGAAGGAGAAAAUGAUAAACAUCCCAUGCAUGAACGAGUUCUUCCGCUAUGUACAGUGGCACAACCUAGCCUUUGCCGUCUCGCGCGAGAUGGGCUUGUCCACUAUGAUUCUGCACUACCACGAAUACGCGGACAAUUUUGAAAAGACUCGGGACAAGGUAUUGGACUGGUUAGAACUACCUCGGGUUGGAGAGGGUAUGGCAUUCCAUUCGGGCAAGGUGUAUCGGCACUACUACUCAGACAAGCAAAAACGUGCAAUAUGGGAGUUUCUAGAAGAGUUUUCUUCAUUGGAAACUUGGGCAGAGCUGAAAGACUACAACUUUGAAUUCCAGCAAAGUACAAAUUCAUCUUAUGUUAGCAAAAUAUGAAUUUUUUUUUG